AUGUCGUUGUCAAAGUUUAUCUCAAAAUCCGCUGUCCGAGCGGCCUCUACAUCGGCCCAGACAACCAAGGCCGCCGGUGAUAUCUCAUCGGUCUUCCCCAGUUUACGGCCCGACUACAAGCCGGAACCUCUCCCCGCACGGUUUCAGGAGCUGAAGGCGAAAAUCUUCGAGAAGAACAAAGAUGCCAUCACGAAGAGUUGGGAGCGGUUGCUUCCUAGCUUGGACGCCGAAGUGCAAAAGAUCAAGGCAAAGGGCAGCGACAUCAUCCCCUCAAUUGAUUACUCUGAUGUGAUCUCUGGAAAGGUGUCUGAAGCCGCAUUAAAAGAGAUCCGCCACCGAGGCAGCGUAGUCGUCCGCAAUGUGAUCCCUCGGGAUCAAGCCCUGGAGUAUAAGCAACGGAUCCGCGACUAUGUGGCCGCCAACAAGGAGCGGGUCAAGGCUUUCCCAGCCGACUCCCCAGCUGUCUACGAGCUGUACUGGACUCCAUCGCAGGCUGAAGCCCGCGGCCACGAGAACAUGCUCAACGCUCAGCGCUUCGUCCAGCAGUUGUGGCAUUCAUCCGACCCCAACAGCAAGAUCUCAACCACCAACCCUCUCACCUACGCAGACCGUCUGCGCAUCCGCGACCCCGGUGAUUCAAAAUUCACCCUCGGGCCACACAUUGACGGCGGUUCCCUCGAGCGCUGGGAAGACCCCGAGUACUCCCGAGUCUACACCAAGAUCCUGGAAGGAAAGUGGGAGCAGUACGACGCAUGGGAUGCGCGACACCGUCUGAACGCCAAAAUGGAUCUAUACAACGGUGCCGGUGCAUGCUCCAUGCUGCGGUUCUUCCAGGCCUGGCUAUCUAUGUCGGACACCAAGCCCGGUGAGGGCUCGUUGCACGUCUGCCCCAUGAUCAACCACAGCACAGCGUACACCAUUCUUCGUCCUUUCUUCGACGUCGAGAGCUCAAAACCGGCCCUGGAUACUACAUUCCCCGGCUCCGUACCUGGAGCUUGCCAGGAAUACAACCCGGUCACGCACCCGCAUCUCGAUCUCGAGUCGACCAUGGUUUCCGUACCGCAGGUUGCGCCUGGUGACUUUGUCGCCUGGCACUGCGAUUCUCUUCACUCUGUGGACAAGGAGCACCGUGGUACCCAGGACUCCAGUGUUAUGUACAUUCCUGCUACCCCGCUGUGUGAUAUGAAUGUGGACUACCUCCUUAAGCAGCGCCAGGCUGCGCAGACCUAUUCACCUCCGUGGGAUUUCCCCGGUGCUGGUGGACCCGGCGAGGCCGGAUUCAAGGGUGCUAUGGAUUGGUCGGCGCUGAGACCUGAGGGUCAGCGUGCGAUGGGAUUAGGCAACACUCCCUGGGAGAUCACCGAUGUCAUGAGCGAGGGUGAGAAGGAAGCUAUCCGGUCUGCCAAUAAGGCCUGUUUCGGUGUUUAA